GGAUGAUGUUCUUUGAUUAAUUUCUGAUAAGAAUAUUUCAAUUCCUCAUACGUAGCGGUGUGGCUGCAUUUUAAUAUUGAAUAGUAGUCAUCCUGUUGCAUUUUAGUCAUUUUACAUUUGAAAAUGCGUAAAUUUCUACUAUUUUUGUUGUUGUGUCUACAAACUAUAUUCGCCCAGAACAUUCCGCUGGUUGUCAAUACGUGGAAUUUUAACAGAGCAGCUCAGAAAGCUUGGGAUGUUUUGAAGUUAGAAGACGGUAACACCGAUCUCACACUAGAUUCCAUAACUGAGGGUUGCAACGUAUGUCAGGAAGAACAGUGCGAUUUUACGGUAGGGUACGGUGGAAGUCCUGAUGAAAAUGGAGAAACUACUUUGGAUGCGCUCAUUUUCGAUGGAGAUACCAUGGAUAUGGGAGCGGUUGGAGGAUUAAGAAGAGUUAAAAAUGUGAUUCAAGUCGCCAGACAUGUUUUGGAAAAUACGAAACAUUCGUUUCUUGUUGGUGAUCAGUCGACACAAUUUGCAGCUGGUUUAGGUUUCACAGAAGAAUCGCUCAGCACUAACUACUCUACCAAACUAUGGGAGGAAUGGAAGCAGAACAACUGUCAACCCAAUUUUUGGAAAAACGUCUCGCCUGAUCCCACAAAAAGUUGUGGCCCUUAUAAAACGAACUUUGAACACGGGAACCAUAUAACAAAAGAUUUUGCAACUAAAAGCUAUAACAGUAAAAAUCACGAUACGAUCGGAAUGAUCGUUAUUAAUAAUGCGGGCCAUGUUGUUGCGGGAACUUCCACAAACGGAGCUAACCACAAGAUACCGGGGAGAGUCGGUGACUCCCCCAUUGCGGGAGCGGGAGCAUACGCAGACAACGAAGUCGGUGCAGCCGUUGCUACUGGAGAUGGUGACGUUAUGAUGAGGUUCCUUCCCAGUUUUUUGAGCGUAGAACUAAUGAGAAACGGGGCUUCUCCGUCAAAGGCAGCCAAGAUAGCCCUUUCCAGAAUUGUGGACAAAUAUCCGGAUUUCUUUGGAGCACUGCUGGUCGUUAGUAAGAAGGGGGAAAUCGGGGCUGCUUGCAAUGGAAUGGACAAGUUUCCUUAUUCUCUUGCUAACAAUAACCAUGAUGAUUCUAUUAUUAAAUAUGUCGUUUGUAGUAAUGGUACCACCUUUUAAAUAUAUUCAAUGAAUUGAGA